AUGGUUCGUGGCUUUAGUUUCCGACUCUUGUAUCGAGUCGUUUUAUUUUCCUUCUGUCUGAUUUUCGCCUGUUUUUACCAUGGUGGUCGUUCAGAGAAUGACAGGCGAGAAGAUAAAACAGAACCGAACAAAUUAAAAAAUGAAUUCAAAGGUAAACCCUUGAAUGUCAACGUUUCUAUCGAACAAGACGAACGCGCCCAUAACUUGACAGAAAAUGCGAAACAAAUUGAUGGCCGCAAGGCGCGGAAGAAAACUGAUCUUUCAAAGAUGGUUAGAAAAGGUAAAUAUUGAAAAUAUGACAAUGUUAGCACUUAAGAAGAAGUAAUGGUUAACCAUAAUUUAUUUUUAGGAACUGCAAUGAAAACACUCCGACAUGAAAGAAUACAAAAGAACCCAGUACUACCUUUUUCAACUUCAUCGCCGCCUGAGGUAAACGUUCCACGCAAAGAAUCGACAACCAUAUCCCAAUCAAAUGAGACAGAAUGGCAAAACAAUGGCAGUAAAAACUUAUCUUCAUUGGAAACUCAAAUUUUUCACGAGAAUGACUUGAGAAAAGCAGCCAAAAGAGAGACGUUCGCCUCACUCACAACUCAACAUCUCCGGAGCAGACGUGAAAUUUAUACGAAAUCUGAGUAUACCCAAGAAGAUCUAUCAAUGUGCAACGAAUCAAUCAUCAAUAUAAAAUACGAUGACGAAUACAAAGUUUGGAUUGACUUUUCAAUACUCUAUAAGAACACGGUGUACGAUUAUACUGAGUAUCGAGUUCUGAAUGAUAGCAUAAAGAUUUGUAACUCCACUGAUAACAACGUACGGAAUAUUUGGAAGGAUCGCAAUAAAUGGAUAAAGGCGACAAUACAUCAAAAAAGUUGCAAUAAACCCAUUAGAGAGUCUUGGUUGUACCGACAUUAUUAUGGGAAUGACAAUUCAGGUAAAGCAUGCCGUGGUCCAACAAUGG